AUGUAUAAUGGUGGCAAUCAAGGAAGAGUUGCAGGUGCUUACAAUAAUUCUCCAUAUUUUUAUGAUUACCAACCCGAAUUUGUCUAUUAUGAGUCUAAUGGACUCAACAUGAGAAGGAUAGAUCAAAUGGGCAAACAAUGUUUGAGAGAAAGAAGUUGGGGCUAUAAUCCACAGUUUCCUCAAUGUGCAAUGUAUAAUUGUGGCAAUCAAGGAAGAGUUGCAGAUAUCAAGGAGAAGAGAAGCAUCAUUGCCAAUAUCAUCAAUAUAACAUUGCCAACAUUGUGGGGAAGCUGGGAGACCGUCAUAUCUGCUUAUGCUGAUAAGGGUUGGAUAGGAAAAGCACUAGAAAUAUUUUCGAGAAUGAUGGGCGCAGGAAUAAAUGCUGGACCUUCAAUUUACAUAUACCUUUUCAGAGCUUUGUCAGAUUUAGAGCUUGGGAAGCAGAUACGCUGUCUUGUGGUAAAGUCAGGCUUUGAUGAAAAUAUGUCCAUGAACACUGCUUUGCUUUCUGCAAUAUUGGGAUUUACUCAGGCUGAGAGGCAACAUGAUGCCCUGAGACAUUUUGAUAUGAUGCUGAGGGAAGACGUUGAGUUGGAUGAGUUAGUGUUCUCAAUCAUUCUCAAGGCGUGUGCUGGAUUGGUGGAUGUUGGCAUGGGGCAGCAAGUCCAUGGUUUGGUUGUGAAACUUGGGUUGGAAAGUGAGGUUUCAGUGGGUACCCCUCUUGUGGAUUUUUAUGUCAAGUGUGCAAAUUUGGAUUGUGCCAUUCAAGCAUUCGAGAAGAUAUCUGAACCAAAUGAUGUUACGGGGAGUGCCAUGAUUACUGGCUAUUCCCAAGGAGGUGAAUUCGGGAAGUGCUUUAGAGUCUUUAGGUCUUUGAGGAGUCAAGCUGGUGCUUUGAACGAAUACAUAUACACUAGCAUCUUUCAGGCAUGCGCUGCACUUGCAGACUUGAAUCUUCGAACUCAAGCUCAUAGAGAUGCAAUUAAACGAGGUCUGAUUUCCUAUCUUCACGGUAAAAGCACAAUUAUUUCCAUGUAUGCAAAAUGUGGUCAACUGGAUUGUGCAUUUAGGGUAUUUGAAUCAAUCAGUGAUCCCGAUACCGUGGCCUGGACUUCUAUGAUUGCUGCUUGUGCUUAUCAUGGCAAUGCUCCCGAAGCUCUAAUCAUUUUGGGAGGAUGCAGGCUUCUGCCGUGA